GACAAGAUGAACAGAGUAUUUCGUUACAUUUCAGUGCGGACAGCUCGUCGUGCUUCGGUGCCAAUUUUAAUUGUUUAAAAUAUUGUCAAAGAUGUUCUUGGCUACCGUUGCCAUUUGUAUCGUGCUAUUGGGGAACUUUGCUAUUGCUGAAGUCCCUUCUUAUAUUCAUAUAUGCGGGAGGAAGGAUCCUCAACUUAAUGAUUGUAUCAUAAAGAGCGUUGAAGCUCUUAGAGGGAAUCUUCGGAAUGGUAUUCCUGAACUUGACGUACCUCCGGUUGAACCUAUGAAGUUUAAAAAGAUCGCCUUGUCGGAUACGCCAAACUUUAGGGCCAUUGCUCAGGAUGUGAAGCUUUAUGGAUUGUCUGACUUCACUGUUACUUCAUUGAAGACUGACUUGAACAACAAGAGGAUUGACUUGAAUGUUAUAUUCAAGGAUAUAAAGCUGAAUGCUGAGUAUGAUGUGUCUGCUAGGAUUGUUGUGCCUAUUGCUGGUACCGGACCUAUUGAGAUAGUAGCUGACGGCGUCGCCGCUAAGGUGACUCUGAAGUUCCAGCUGGUCAAUCACAAAGGAAAGACGUAUAUGUAUUUCCCAUCGAUAACGAUCAAACUCACCAUAAAGGAUUACAUUUCACACUUUGUACCACGUGAAGGUGAGAAUAGUCCCCUGGCCAAUGGUAUCAACGCAGCAUUAUCGAACGGCAGACAGGAAAUCAUAGAGACCAUCACACCCAACCUAGAGAAAGUCAUUUCCGAGCAGAUCUUGGAGUAUGCCAAUAAGAUCUGCAAACACUUCACUUAUGAAGAACUGUUCCCUGAUCGUGAAUAAAUUGUGUUGGUUUUUUUGGAUUGAUCUAACAAGACAAAUUGUUCAGACUGGGCUGAUACACAUAUGUAGAGACAAUCUUGGCUUCAUCGACUCUUGUUGCUGGUUAUACCAAACUUCAGAAGAUAUCUAGUUCACAGUCGUGAAAUACUUUUGUAGACGUUGGCCGAUGUUUUAUCAUCUGUUGAGAAAGAAAGAGUAUUAAAUGACGAGAAGGAUAUACGUAUUGUAAAUAAUACAACGACUUACCUCUUACAAUGGAAAAUUUCAUUGAAGUUGUGUACGCUUUAUUUAAUUUUUCUUAUUACUGUUAACCUGUGACCUUUAUAUUUUGCAUUAAUAGUUGUUUUGUAAGUGAGAAUAUAUAGCGAGUUAUUAAAAAAUCUUUAAACUUGGCA